GCAACAUGUUGCUUGGAUGAAAAACAUGGCUGCCACAACUGGAGAUUUUUUUAAUCUUUUAUAAAGAAAAUAUUGUUUUCAGUUUUAUGUGUGUCAAACUGUUUGCUGCUUAGUACUCAUGGGAGUUCCAGCUUUUUUUCGUUGGUUAUCAAAGAAAUACCCGUCUAUUGUUGUGCAUUCUUAUGAAGAAAAGCCACGUGAAGUAAAUGAUGUAAAGAUUCCUGUUGAUUCGAGCAAAGCAAAUCCAAACAAUGUUGAGUUUGAUAAUCUUUACUUGGACAUGAAUGGGAUUAUUCAUCCUUGCUGCCAUCCAGAAAACAAACCAGCACCAAAGAAUGAAGACGAGAUGAUGGUAGCCAUCUUUGAAUACAUAGAUAGGAUUUUUUCUAUUGUCCGUCCAAGAAAGUUAUUGUAUAUGGCAAUCGAUGGAGUGGCACCAAGAGCCAAAAUGAAUCAACAAAGAUCUAGACGAUUUCGAGCGUCAAAGGAGUCAAAGGACAAACGUGAAGAUCUUGCUAGAUAUCGCGAAGAAGUUCUUGGCCAAGGAGGUGAACUUCCGCCUGUGAAAGAGAAGACGGAGCAUUUUGACAGCAAUUGUAUCACACCGGGAACAGAAUUCAUGGACAACCUAUCGCUAGCAUUACGUUAUUACAUCGCUCAAAGGUUGAAUUAUGAUCCUGGUUGGCAGAAUAUCAAGGUUAUUUUGUCUGAUGCAAAUGUUCCUGGCGAAGGUGAACAUAAAAUAAUGGAUUUCAUACGAAAACAAAGAGCCAGUCCUAGUCACGAUCCAAACACACAUCACUGUUUAAACGGAGCUGACGCUGACUUGAUCAUGCUUGGACUUGCGACUCAUGAGCCACAUUUCACAAUCUUGAGAGAGGAGUUUAAACCAAACCAGAAAAAGCCCUGUGAUCUGUGCGGGCAAGUUGGUCACGAAUUCAAAGAUUGUGUUGGUUUACCGAAGGAAAAGACUGGGGAGUUUGACGAGCAACCGCUUCCCGUUGCUGAAGAAGUGAAUUUUAUCUUUAUACGUCUAAACGUUCUUCGAGAGUAUCUUGAAAGAGAGUUGCGAAUGGAAGGUUUACCCUUUCCGUACGAUUUUGAGCGAUGUUUAGAUGACUGGGUGUUCAUGUGUUUCUUCGUUGGCAACGACUUUUUACCGCAUCUUCCUUCAUUGGAAAUAAGGGAAGGAGCUAUCGAUAAAUUAAUCAAUCUCUACAAGAAAUGUUUACCAGCAACGGGUGGCUAUCUUACUGAGAACGGUUACGUCAAUAUGAGAGGUGUUCAUAAGAUUCUGGUCGAUCUUGGCGAAAUGGAAGACAUGAUAUUCAAACAACGACAACAAAGAGAACUUCAAUUUCGACAACGAGAGAAAGAAAAAAAAGCAAGAAGUUGUGUGGACGGACCACGUUGGGUACCCGCUGGUCAGUUUGCACCUCAGCCUAUUUCUAACACUCUCAAAGCUAUUGAAAGCCCUCGUAUCGAAGCGUAUAAUAUGAGAAUGGAGGCUCAGAAUCGAAAGAAUUUUAGCGCUGCAGCAAAUUUGCGUUCAAUGCUUUUUGAAGAUAAACCGAAGAAAAAUGAUUCUACUGUGACAGAGACAGUAGAUCGCAGUAAAUCGAAUUCAAAUCCAGUUGAAAAAGAGGACGACACACCAGUGGAUAAUGUCAGAUUGUGGGAAGAAGGUUGGCGCGAGAGAUAUUAUCUUCAAAAGUUCGGCGUGUCGUCGGAUGACGAAUCUUACAACGAUUUUCGAGAUCAAGUGGCAAGUGCUUAUGCUGAAGGAUUGUGUUGGGUGUUACGAUAUUACUAUCAGGGUUGCUGUUCGUGGAAAUGGUAUUUCCCUUUUCAUUAUGCACCAUUCGCAUCGGAUUUUAAGAAUGUCGAGUCAAAACGAUAUAAAUUCGAGAAAGGAACACAGCCGUUCAAUCCCUUAGAGCAACUAAUGAGUGUUUUUCCUGCAGCGAGUGGUAAUUUUCUACCUCCAACAUGGAGGGAUUUGAUGAGCAAUCCGGAAUCUCCCAUCAUCGACUUCUAUCCCACUGACUUUGAGAUCGACUUGAACGGAAAGAAAUAUGCUUGGCAAGGUGUCGCACUGUUGCCGUUUGUUGAUGAAAAACGUCUAUUGAAAGCGCUGGCUCAGGUUUAUCCAGAUUUAACUGUCGAAGAGUCCAGACGCAACAGUCGGGGAAAGGAUAGACUAUUUGUUGGUCCAAAACAUUCCUUGUACGACUUUUUUAAAGGUCUUUAUGAAGGAGGAGGAACAAAUGAUGAAGUUGAUUUAGUGACAGAUCUCUCGCAAGGUAUGUGUGGAAAAGUGAUGCUGGACGAUGAAGCUAUCCUGCCGUCAAAAUGCGUGGAGUCACCUGUUCCGCAACUCAGAAAUAUUCCUGAUAAUUUAGCCAUCGGUAUUAAAUUUGAGGACAUCAAAUAUGGCGAAGAUUACGUUUUCAAAGCAAAGCUUCUUCCUAAAGUCACGAUGCCUGACCGUGUGCUAAAACCAGAAGACUGGACAGAUAACAGACCUUACCGACCUCAAACCGGGUUCAGUCGUCACGCCCCAAGAGCUUCUUUGGACAUGUCAGCUCGUCGAAUGCUGGGUUUCCACAUGAAGUCUGGUGGAGCAAGUACGUCAUACAGGGAGACUGGAAUCGACCGACGGAAUUCCUACCCACCUCCUGCACAUAUGACUGCCUACGGUCAAGGCCGAUUCUCGGCUCCAGGUCCUUGGCCUCGGCAGCGACCGUCAUACUAUAGCAAUACACCAAGAGGUUUCAACCCUUACCAACGAGAAGCCAGACAGUCUGGUGGUAGUCGACAUCAUGGUACCACCUAUGGUUCUUCGUACCAUUCUGGUCAGUCACAAAAUGAUCGUUUCUCAAAUAAAACGGAAGUCAGUCCUUAUGGUAGGAACAGUCGCUAUGGUGAUCGCAAUAUACCGUAUAAUAGUCGUGAUAGCAUGUAUAAUGGCCAAGGUAGCUCGUAUGGUAGUCGAGAUAGCUCGUACGAUGCUCGGAAUAAUUCGUACAAUGGUCGUGAUAAUUCGUCUAGUAGUCGGGAUUAUCGAUAUGGUGGUCGGGAUUCCUCAUAUGGUGAUCAAAAUGGUCGGUAUGGCUCGUCCGUGGGUUAUGCAGGACAUUCCUAUCCUAAUCAGGAUGAUCUUAGAAGAAGGUCAACAGGGAGUUUUAAAGCACCCAGCGACGAGCAAGGACGAAGAAGCUACAAAACACCGCAGGGUCACACCCAAGGUCGUUUCAAUCCUUACUAACAACCGCUGUCCAUAAGGUAUGCCGUGCCAUAAAGAACCCAUUCUUCAAUCGUGUUUACCCAUUUUUGUCAACCUCUGUGUGCGUUUCUAUCGGAAAUGGUCCAAUGUUGAAAUACAUUGUGAUUUACUGUGGCAAUAAGGAAAACAUAGAUUUCGUGAAAAACUGUUCUAAUUUAUAGUUAUUAAUUAUUGUAAAAUUACAUUUUAUCUCAUAAUCUUAUUUCUUUUACCCUGCCUAUGUUGUACAUACGUUUAUAGCCAUUAAUAUUAUACACUUCUUCCUUGA